AUGCCCAUCUUCAAACACUUUGGUUAUGAUCAGAGUUUCUCUUCCUCUAACAAGAAGUCACACUUGAAGGUCACCAUCCUCGAGGCAAAGGAUUUGAUCAAUACAGACCAAGGUAAAAAUGACUUUUCUGAUCCGUAUUGUGUCAUUUGGUUGGGCGGAAAGCAUAAAAACAAAUACAGAACAACCACCAUCAAGGACAAUCUCAAUCCCGUAUGGAAUGAAUCUUUUGAGAUUACUCUCGAUCACAAUCCAGAGCAAUACGUCCUGAUUUGUCAAUUAUAUGACAAGGACAUUUUCACAAGUGACGAUUCCCUUGGCUUUACAGCAGUGUCACUUUCAUGUCUCAAUUUGAAAGAAAAACAAGAUUUUUACAUGUGGCUACCAUUGCAAGGUGUUGAAAAAGGUACACUUCGUAUCAAAUUAACACCUCUUGACUUUUCCAUUCAAGAUGGAUUUGUUCAUGACAAUGAUGAUCAAAUUCCUCAAAUUGAUUUAACCAACUUUUUAAAGGAAUACAAGAAUGAAAGAGGAAAGGGAUUUAAAUCACGUGGAAGAAGUUUGCAAUCCAUUCUUUCUGGAAAUAUCUCUGACAAAGAGUCACAUCGAUUGGAUAAAUUAUUUGGAAUUGUGUAUUUGGAAGAUGUUUACAAUGAAUUAAGAACUGGUGAUAUUAUUUUGCAUUCUGGAAAAGGAACCUUUUCAAAGGCAAUUCAAUUGGGUUUCUCCUCGACAUGGUCACACUUGUCUUUGGUUGUGAAAAAUCCACCCCGAGAUUUAUUGAAAUUGUACAAUGUUCCUGAAGAUUCUUCAACCUCUACAAUGAGUCAACCCUCAUACUCGAGCAUUUAUGUGGUAGAAUCUGAGACUGAUACUGUGGAUAACAAAGAAGGAGGUGGUAUUCAAUUUGUUGAAUUGAGACAAUGGUUAUUGGAUUAUUUAAAGAGAGAUCCAACCGAUUUGUGUGUUUUGAGAAGAUUAACAGUUCCAGGAUCCAACAAUGACGGCAGUCUCCAAGACUCAUUUAGCAAUUUAACUCCCUAUCUCUAUGAGGCCCAUACCAAAAAGUAUGAAACACCAAAAUCAGAACUUUUGAAAUGUGUCAUUAAGAGAAACACAGCACGCAAUGAUUCCAAUGUAUUUUGUUCAGAAUUUGUUGCGGAAUGCUUUGUGAGAAUGGGCCUUCUCCCCAAUAACACCGUCACUUGUAAUUAUGGGCCAAAAGACUUUUCAACAGAAACCAAUUUGGUCAAUACUGUCUUAUUGAAGGGAGCACAAUUUUCACCAGAACGAAGAAUUCGAGUACGGCAAUGGGAUGAAGAACAUGGUUGGAAAGUUGAGGACUCUCAAGAUGAUGUCAUUCCAGGCGCCAUUCAAGUGACUGAAGAUGAAAAGAUGACUGUAAAACCAUAA